GUGACCUUAAUACACAACAACAGUCAUUGACAAGUCGGCAGCCAUUUUACUGUCUUACACCAGAGUCACAAGUUUAAUAAUGGACCCCCGUACCAGUGCCCAGGACGUGAUGCGAUGUGACCUGUGUGAGACUGCUGUGGUACAGAUGCACUGUGAUACAUGUCUUGUCAACCUGUGUAAGGCCUGUGUGGGAGAACACAUGAUAUCUGAUGAAUCCAAGGACCACAGAGUCAUCAAAUUUCAGGCCAGGAAAUCCACUCCCCUCUACCCUGGAUGUACAUCACAUAAUAAACAACAAUGUACAAUGUACUGUAAUCAAUGCGACAUUCCUGUAUGCAUUAAGUGCAUUGCAUCUGAUCAACAUCUAGGUCAUAAGAUAUCAGAAAUCUUGAAAGUUGUGGAUGAAAAAAAGGUUAAAAUCAACAAAGAACGAACUGAGUUAUAUGAAACAAUUUAUCCAACCUACCAGGACAUUGCCUCUGAUGUACAAAACAGAAUGAGUCAGUUAGAAAAGGAAUAUGGAGAUCUCUCAACAGCCAUAACAAAACAUGGAGAGGACUGGCACAGAGAAAUUGACAAACUUGUCAAGAAACUUAAAGCUGAAGUUGAUGAGAUGAAAAACACACAGCUACAAACUCUACAGAAACAUCUGGAUGAAAUAAACAAGACAAUGUCUGACAUCAAAGAUGAAAUUAAUUCAGCUGAUAUGGCUAUAGACACUAAUGACUUAUCAAAACUAUUUAGUGUCACCUCCAGUGUAAAUAUAUACAGAAAUCUUCCAAACAAAUUAGCACCAUCUUUACCUAGAUUCAUUCCAGGAAAAAUCCAAGGAAAAGAACUUUGUAAACUAUUUGGAACCUUAUCAUCCAGUUCUUUAACAUCAGAUAAAUAUGCCUACAGCAUGAAGACAACACAGAAAUCACCAGAAGCUGGAUCCUCUCCUCCAGUCAAACAGCUGCUUGAUCAACCAGAGACUGUUACCACCAUAAACACUGGGUAUCAAUGCCUUAACAGUGUGGCCUGUCUGAGUGAUGAAGAAAUCUGGACAAGUGGAGGUGACAGCACCAUGAAACUCUUCAGUAUCAAUCAAGGAUCACUACUCAAGUCAAUCAGAACCAAGUCAGGGUAUGAGCCAUGUAACAUAGCAGUGACAAAAAGUGGAGAUCUAGUUUAUACUGAGUAUGGUUAUAGAACUGUGAACAUUGUGAAGAAUGAGAAGAUAGAGGAGGUGAUCAGACUACAGAACUGGAUACCUACAGGUGUCUGUAGUACCUCCUCUGGUGACCUCCUGGUUAUCAUGGAAAAUGAUGAUUACACACAAACAAAAGUUGUCUGUUACUCUGACUCCACAGAGAAACAAACCAUUCAGUUUGAUGAUAAAGGUAAACCUCUCUAUUCAUCUGGUCUUUGUUACAUAACUGAGAACAGGAACCUGGAUAUCUGUGUGUCUGACAUUGGAGCUAAAGCAGUAGUGGUGGUCAAUCAGGCCGGGAAACUGAGAUUCAGGUACACUGGACAUACUCCUGCUCCAAAGAACAAACCAUUCAAUCCACGAGGAAUCACCACAGACAGUCAGAGUCACAUCCUUACAGCUGAUGAUUACAAUCACUGUGUCCACAUCAUAGACCAGGAUGGACAGUUCCUCCGUUACAUAGACUGUGGACUGAGUCAACCCCGGGGACUGUGUACAGAUACAAAUGACAAUCUGUUUGUUGCUCAGGAUGGAAAUAGACAAGUGAAGAAAAUCAAAUAUCUGCAGUGAAAUACAUCACUGUGUAGAUUAAGGAUAAUGAAAGCAAACAUUUUAAUGUCAGUUUAUUGUGUGCAAUUUAAGUAAAUGAAUGUAUCUGUGAAUCACAUAUUAACUGAAAACUAAAACUAUUGAAGAAAAUCAAUUAUCAGUAAAAUCCAUUAUUGUGAUGCAUAGUCUAAAAGAUGUUAGCACAUGUAACU